UAGUUCAGAUAGUUCUCUCUUCACUAAAUGUCAGCUCCAUAGGAGCCACAUUGCUGCACCGAGCAGGGAGAGCCGAGGCGAUAGUGAAUGAGGAGGCUGCUCAUGACUGCAGCCCAGGAUUCUCUCUGCUGCAUCGAGGGUACAUGGCAGCAGUCAGUGUGGAACAGUUGUGCCACGCUGCAGUCACACAGAGAAGGACCCCGUCACAGAGCCAGACCUUCAAGUGGAGCCCUGUCAGUUCACUGGCUGGAUAGCCUAACACUGUGAAGAGGACUCUCCUGGGACUCCCAGCACGCCCGGUUCGGUCUUCACACAACAAGAGUGACCUCAACAUCCGGACUGAUGAUCUUCAUGAAGGCCUGACAUCGGAUCUUCCCUUCCUCCCUCCCUGCUCCCCACUGCUGGUGGGAGCUUCGGAUCAUGGAAUUGAAGGUGUGGGUGGACGGGGUUCAGCGAGUGGUCUGUGGCGUCAGUGAGAAGACAACAUGCCAGGAAGUGGUCAUUGCUUUGGCUCAGGCCAUGGGUCGCACUGGGCGCUACAUAUUGAAGGAGAAGUGGAAAGAUGUUGAAAGGCAUUUGACCCCGGAUGAAAAGCUCUUGCUGUCCCUGAGCAAGUGGGGCCAGCAAGCCAAGGAUGUCCAGCUGAUUCUCAACCGCACUGGCCCCUCCCUUGGCCUCCAGCCUGAUCCAGAGAAGAUCCAACGGCCUGAGAGGAACAUCCGUCGCCAGAGUCUCCCACCACUGGCAAAGCUGAGGAAUAAAGGUGAGCGAAGCAGCCACUUGAAAGAGGCCAAGAGGAAGUCCCUGAACUUUGCCGAAGGAGCUCGAGAGUGGCUGGAGUCCUUUGGAAAGAGCAAGGAAGCCAAAGCCAAGGUCAAAGAGGCAGACACUGAGAAAGGAGCCUCCGGUAUCACUCAGUCCGUGGGAGAAGACAUGAAUGAUCUGCUUCACUAUCAAGAGGAGAAGCUGCAGAGCCUCCAAGCUGACCUUGAGGCGACUGAGAUGGAGAUCAGACAUCUGGCGGAGGACAGCCAGCCCGAGGUCAGCAAGGAGAUUCAUAGGCUCCAGGAAGUGGUAGAGCAGAGGAGUGCAGAGGCUGAGGAGGGGGAGUACUGGGAGAAUGAACUGAAAGCUGAGGAGCUUCACGGGGAAGAGCUGAAGGAGCAGCUGGAGGAAAUGAAGAAGAAGCUGGCAGAGUGUGAGGAGAAACUCAGGGACUUCCUGCUGAAAGCCCAGAGCCUGGAGGCCAGUGCUGAGGCGGCCCAGCGCCAGAGGGAACAGCAGCGGGCUAAAUCCUGCCCUGACCUCAGGGACAAGGUUCAGAAACUGAAAGAGGAGAUAACUGCAAAGUCCCAUGAGGCUGAACAGCUGGAGGAGGACAUGAGGCUGGUGGAGACGGCCAUUGGGAAGGUGGAAGAUGAAAUUCAGAGGAAACAAUGUGAAGUGGAAGAUCUGACCAAGGAGCUGCGCCAGGCAAACCUCCUCCAGUUCAUUCAAAGGACUGGCAGUAAGGUCAGCAUCCUCCCUGCACAGGAGUGCUCAGCUGAGGUCACAGAUCCUCUGCUCUAUUUAGACUCGCUGAACCGUGGAAUAUUUCAAGCCAAAACAAAAGAUCUUCCAAGCACAUUGAUUUCUGUCUUCAACCAAGAAGGCAUUUAUGUAUAACUCCUUCAUCUUACAAUGACUUGGAUUCUCUUAAGUUCAACUGGUUACUUCAAUGUGCAUGCCUUGCUCUAACAGAUUUAGCUCUGGUGAUGUUGAUCAGUAUUAGAUAAGAAAAAAAAAUCACUGAAGCACUGGAGAUAUUACAAAGAGGCUUGCUAUUCUCUGAGUAUGAAUCUCACUUUAACACUCCCACCACAAGAAGGCAACCUGCAUCCAGUUGUUUCAUGGAUUUUGAUCUGGUCUUAGAUUGGAACUGAAAGUCUUACAUUUACUGUAUUUACAGUGUCUUAAAAUGGUUUUAUCACACUUAUAUGGAUAUGAUGCUAAAAAUUAUAUUGCAUAUAACAUGUGUAUAUUGAAAAUGUCCAAUGCCAAAUGCCAGCAAGAGUAUAUGGAUCUGUUCCUAUAUCUUAUAGUCUUGUGCACUGAACCCAACAGUAUGUGUACACCAUGCCUAAUAAUUAAUUUAAUUAUUUUAUAAAGAUGUGGAAUUGCAUGUGGUAAGAUACACAUCAUAUGAACAAAAUUUUAUAAUUUGUAAAAUGCUGAACUUGGCAGUGUACUUGGUUAAUUCAAUUGGUACUUGAGUAUGUACUUGGAAACAAAAAGAACAUUUAUAUCAAUGUGGUAACAAUCUAUCUAGUAGCUAGCUGUUAUAUAUAGUCCUGAUAUGAAGAUUGUGAUUAAUAGGAUGCAUACUAUACUUGAAUGCCCAUAUGUCUGACACUGUCAUUAACCGGCAAAUUGUCUGUUGCUCUGCAGUGGAAUGAAAUCUCUUUCAUAUAUAUGGUUCAAUAGUUGCAUUUAAUAUCAGAGAAUGUAUAGAGUAUACAACCUGAAAUUCUUACUCUGUGCAGACAUCUACAAAAGCAGAAAAGAAUCCCAAAGAAUGAAUGACAGAAAAAACAUAGAACCCCAAAGCCUCCUCUCCCCGCCUCCCAUGCAAAGCAUGUACUUCCCCCCUCCCCAUCCCCACCCAUUCCAGCAGGAAGCAUCAGCACCCAGCACCCAGAAAGCAAGCAACAUCAAAGACCCCAAGGAGAGACCAUGAUCUGCAGUCCAACAAAGACCAUUGUUUACACACCAAUUCAACAGCCACAGGCUCUCUCUCUCUCAUUAACAGGGGUUUGAGAAGUAUCACCCAUCCCACAGUAAGAGGGGAGACCAACAAACAGUUGCUGUUACAAUGUUACAGACUACCAUUUUGCUUUUUUAUUCUGAAAUUCUCCAACUUGAGAAUCGGCAGCAAACUCAUCCCACCAUUGAGAGAGAGAGAGAGAGCGCUCGAACACAGAGGUCUCUGCCAGCCACAUCUGCCAUCACGGUGUUCCAUUUCUCCCAAGAUGUCUCAGGUGGCAACACCGGCAUGGAAUCGGUUGCCCACAUGGCCGCAUCCCAAAGGUGUGUGUCUUCCAGGCUGCUCUUGGAUAUGUCGAAAAUGUCCUGUCUGUGAGCUCCGGGAACAGGAACUCAUCUAUCGUGAAAAAAUGCAGUCUGAGUACAGGUGCAGAUUGCGAACUCUGACAGAACCCCAGCCACCCUGAAAAGAGACAUUAAAGAGAAGAAUUUAAUGUCUCUUGGAUCAGUGCUGAGAUUGCAGCCAAUAUUUUGUUCAGCACCAAGAAAGGCAACACUGAUGAUACAUUCAGUAAAUUUAGAAAACAUUGCAAAUACUUAAGUGUUGGUUAAUUAGAGUUAAAGCAUUUAUUUUUUCAUAAAUAAACUCCAAAGUUUUCCAACAGCAUGUGCUUAAUGUUAUUGGCUCAGAAAGAACACAAACAA